AUAGACUGAAAGUCAUGAUUUUCCAACAUGGCUGCCUACAUGGAGUUUGUUUCAGCAUAAACUACAUCAGAAAUAUUUAUAAUUACUGGUUGACUGUGGAUUGUAAGAAUCGAGAUACUUGAUUUACUAAAAUUAUGGCAUCCGUUCAAGAUAGAUUGAAACUUAAACGUAUAUCCUAUGAUACAUGGAGCACACGAGAGCAACUAUGUCUGGCUUCCAGUGUACUGAAGUCUGGGGAUCAGAAUUGGAUAAGUGUCUCAAGAUCAUUAAAGCCCUUUGCCGAAAAAGAAGCUUUGAGACCACCAGAUUGGUUUUCUCAAAAAUCAUGUGCCAUACAAUACGCGCACUUACUAGAAAAUGCAGAUACACCAAAAAGAAAAAAGCGAGAAAGUGGUGAAACAACUGGAGAAUCUAUUGUGAAGCGCUUAACUCAAGAAAGAAUAGCAGAAUUGGGUCAAAUCCUUGCAUUUCAAAGAGAUGAAUACCAGCAGUUAAAGGCUGAAGUCAAUUUAUUAAAAUCAGGCUCUGUAUCAGAAGAGAAAAUGCAGAAAAUGUGGCUGGCUAUUGAACAAGAAGAACGUGAACAAGAACAAAAAUCACGGGCUCAUUCAGCAUGGCUAGCAAAACGUCAACAAAAACAGGAUGCACCAGCUCCACUAGCGAUAAGUCCUGCGAAUCAACGGAAACCAGGAGAAGCUGUGGCAGAGAGUCAGGAACUAAAUGAUAGUACUGCUACUGAAGAAGAAGAUAAGAAAAAUAGAGGUGGUAGAUCACCACUAUUAACAAGUUUAUUAAAAUCUCCUAGUCCGACAACACAGAUUCAAACACCAACAACCUCCGCGCAAGUCAGUUCCCCGACUAUUGCAAGUCUCCUAGGAUCAAGUCCCAAAGUACCAACUCCGCAAUUGACACAAAGAGUAUCACCCCAAUUGCAUCAGUUGGUUUCAAUAUCAAUUGCAGAUACAACAAUCGAAAGACCAUCAGUCAGUGCACCGACCCUAUCUAGACUUCUAGAACUCCCAGCAAAUGCACAGAGAGGUCCUCUACCAAACUUGCAAACUACAAUAGCAAAUAUACCACAGCAAAAUAUAGUUACAGAUAUUGAAAUCCAAUCCCGUUCUACUAAUCAAAUCACAACAAUCAAUGAAGUACAGGUAACCCAAACGCCAGCAAUUAAUACAUCGUCGAAUAUUUCUAACCAAGAGAGCAUGGUGCAAAUAAUAGAUCAUAUUGACGAUGUUAUACGGAAAGAUAUUAUGGCUGAUGUUAUAGAUAAGGAUGAAAUAAAUGAGAUUAUUGGGGACAUCGAAGAACUCAUAAAAGAAGAAAUCACAGCAAGUCCGCAAACUCUGGAUACAUCAACUACAGCCUCAGUAGUUUCAAGUUUAAGUUUGCCUCUAGCACCAGAGAUUGUUACAGAACGUCAACAGCCUAGAGAUGUCGACGAACCUGUGUCACUAUCAAAUUCUCCUCAAAGCGAUAUAGCUAUUGAAGAUAUUGACUCCAGUACUUCUAAUAUCGCUGAAAUCAUUGGUACUGUAGCUAUUGAACCUGCAGAGGCAAAGAUAAUCGUUACUGAAACGCGGCCUAAUACUUUGAUUGUCAAAGAUAAUUCAAAAGUGGAGGAAAGUGUCUCGAACGAGACAGUAACGUCAGACGAGAAAUUGGAACCGAUUACAGAAGAUAAGGAUGAAAAUGAUAAGGAUAAUUCUCCCGUCAAAGAGAAGGAAGCUAUAGUAGAGCAAGAAAAUGAUGAAGAAAAAGAAAAAUCACCAGAAACGGUACAUGUAGAUUCAAAACAAGAUACUGAAGUUCCAAGUGUCAUAAAAGAAUCCACAGUGGACAUCGUUGAAGAAGUACAAUCGGAAGAAGAAGAAGAAGACGAGGAGGAAGAAGAAGAAGAGGAAGAAGAAGUAGAAGUAGAAGCAGAAACAGAAACAGAAACAGUAGUCCCUGUAAAGGAAAUUACUAACGACAACAUAGAUAUACAAGAAUCCUGUGAGGAAAUUGAAGAGAAAGAAGACAUGGAAAUAGAUCAACUGGAAUUACAUCUGGCAAAGAUCACGGGAGAUGAGGAUGCUCCUGUCGGCGCGGAAGUCGCAAGCGUUUCAUCGGAAACGACGAAUGAUGCACCUAGUGCAGAAGAUACGGAGAAAUCACAAGACAUUAGUUUUAUAUUGGAGGAUGACGAGAGUUCACACAGUUCUGAAGAUCGUGAAAAGAAGAAAAUAGCAAUCGAAUCUUCUAUAAUAGAGAACACAAUGGAAAGUCCAGAUGAUUUAGAACCAAUCAAAGCGGAAGUAUCUACUACGCCAAAGGUAGAACCUAAUGUAGAAGUCACAGACGAUGCUUCAACAGUGAAGCAGGAAGAAUCAGUUGAAACUGUUACUGAGACUAUUAUUGAUGAAGUAAUGAAAGAGGAUACAAAAGAUACCACUGAAGAUACAGAAGCAUCAGCUUCUGAGAAAAUACCUCCAAAGGAAGAAGAUCAGAAACAAUCAAGUAUAACUCAGGAUACGAGUGCAACGACAAUACUUGAGGAGAUAGAAAACACAAAGGAAGAACCUGAAGAAGAAUUAAAAGUAGAAGCAGAAAUAGAAGAUACAAUUAGUAAAGAAAAUGAACAAUUACCAGCGACAUUACCAGAAAAAUCUAACGCACAAAAGAUGGAGGAAGAGUCAAAAGCAAUUCCAGAGAUUAUAACACCUCCAGUGAAAGAGGAGCCAAAGAAGGCGGACAAGGAGAUCAAGAAAGAGAAAGCAGAGCCUAAGGAAGUAGAAAAAGUGGAAUCAAUCAUUAAAAAGGAAGUAACAGAAUCUGCAGGUAGUGCCGGCGAUGACGUAGGUGAUCUUGAUGAAGAGGAAUCAGGACUCAGUAAACUUAGUGGUGGCCGGGCUAUGAAGACUUACUCAAAGAAGCAAACCUUGGCUGUGGACAGUGAACCAGAAAAUGAAGGAAGUGGAGAGGGUGCUGAUUAUCGUGCUUGGAAGAAAGCAGUUAUGCUGGUUUACAAUCGCCUAGCUACGCACAAAUAUGCUUCAGUAUUUCUUAGACCAAUUACAGAAGAUCAGGCUCCUGGUUAUCAUUCGGUUAUAUUCCGUCCAAUGGAUUUAUCAACUAUUAAGAAGAACAUAGACAAUGGUACAAUCCGAUCAACAAUGCAUUUUCAGCGAGACGUUAUGCUCAUGUUUCAAAAUGCCAUAAUCUAUAAUAAACACGACACGUUUGUCUACAAAAUGGCGGUGUCCAUGCAGGAGGAAUGUCUUCAACAUAUGCAGAUUCUUGUGCAAGUCACCGGCGAGGGGCCAUUUCGCAGAGAAACUAGAACUGCUGCUAGCAGUAGUAGUGAAGCUAGUGAAUCUAGUGUAAAGAGAAAACGGAGUCACAUUACACCGAGUCCACAUGAUACUGACAGUCCACGUACGAAAAAGCGCAGAAAGUCUGAAAAUGAUUAAUUAAUUGUUGCGAAUUAUUUUAUCUUUUCAAAUAAUGUUCCUGAAAUAUUAAGCAUUGUCGAGACUCUGUGAAUUAUCCGAGUGGUGAUUUUUAUAUUGUAUAAAGUAAUACUGAGUAUGAACAAUUUUCUGAUACAUAUUGUGUACUUUUGGUACCACAAGUAAUGCGUUUAUCGCUUAUAAUUGAUUGUAUCUGAUACGUUCCGCUUAUCGAUUAUAUCAACUAUUUUCAAUCCACGUAAAUCAGUAAAAGCUUUGUUUCAGUAUAACGUGAUCACUGUGAGCGAUAACGUAAAAAAGUUCUUUUUGAUAAAGUCAUAAGACAAUAGUAUAAAUGUACGUUAAUUUAUUUAUAUCUAAGCUUUAACAUUAGUUUGCAAUACAAACGUUGCACGGAUUAAAAACGUAAUAGAAUAUGUCCAUGUUUAUUAGAAAA